GCGUCAGCCACGCGAGCUGGCAGACAAAGACUGAAAGAAGACAACCGUCGGCUACUUUCCUCUUCACCAGAUAUUGCUUGCUGUUGCCGUAACUGUAGGCCGUGUGCGUAUUGAUAAUGGCGGCGUCAGCAGUGGCGCUUCCUGCGCGGAGCAUUGAUCUUACAACACCGUCAACGUACCCUCUACGGCUUGGCGAAAGCAUUCUGAACACGCCCAAGGCUUCGUCCUACACGAGUGUACGACUGAACCACAAGCCGACAUUCGCAGACGGGCCCAAAGCCACAGCAAGUAUCAAACCGAGCUCGGGCACGAACAGUCACCAGCUGGCGAUCGAGGAUGGGAACAAGAAGUACAAAUAUGCCGGCGCAUGUGACGUGGCGGAUAACAGCUACGUGCUCAACGUGCGAAAACAUGGGAGCGAAUACCUGGCAACACUGGACAGACUGAGUAAUGUCUACAGCUUCAACCUCACGAGCACUACAGACGAGGCGAAUUCGAGGAAGCUGAGGGAGCAGUAUCCUCAGCUGUCUUUGAACGAGGUGGAAGAGGAUGGGCCUGGUGGAGAUGAGAGCUUGGAGCAGCAACCAGCAGACCCGGCCAACCCGUUCGAUUAUCGCCACUUCCUAAGCGAAGCUCCACUGCAGAAAGCGCGCCAAACAAACAACGAGGCACCACGGAGUCUCACCAACACACCGUUACUGCAACCAGCAAGCACCACAACAUCGUCAAGGCCAGUGAAGCGCCCGGCCAACUCUGCCCUCGUGCAGCAGAAGAAGCGCAAAAUCGUACCCUCUACGCUUGACAAGCCAAAUCUCAAGCCAAAUCUCAAGCGUGUCAAAGCCGGUCAGGAGGCAGCCGCCACAGCCUCGCAGAAGUCGGCUGUCAACAAGUCCACAAAGACUGGACCCACAUUACCGUCCAUUAAGCUCGACCGCAAAGCGUCUCUACGGAAACAAUCCUACGACGACGAUUCAGGUGAGCUCAUCCUGGAAAACGAUACCCCGGUUACGGAGAAGCCGUCUUUCAGCAGGACUGCGAUGGCCCUGGCUUUGUCUGGCGAGCUGGGUACGGGCCCGAUUAGUCUACGCUCGGCUGCAAACACCCCGGCCAGCAAGGUUGCGUCACCCAUGCCUAUCCGACCGGAUGGUAUGGACGAAGAUGGCGAGUUUGAGAUUGAAGGUAGAAGUGACGAGGAUGCACAGGAGGUGCCAGACGACGGGCGCAGACGACAUGAUCAAAGUCGUGAGGAGGAUGAUGAGGAUGCGGACGUGGAAGACUUUGAGCUGCCAUCGCCUGCACGAGCACAUCGGAAGGCAAGCGUCGCUGCUGUGCCGAACGCGGGGGGUGACGAUGAUGACCUGGAUGCGCAGCUGGAAGCUGCUAUGGCUGAAGCCGAGGUCGUUGAAGCUGAGGAGGAGAGUGAGGAAGAGUGAUGCUUCAGUCAAACCAACCAAUGCGCCUAGACUCAAUCAGCCAAGUUCGCGCUUCGUCGGCGCGCCGGUGUCAGUGCGUUUAACAAGCAUUGACCAGCUCUUGCUUAGAGCCAAUCACAGGCGGCACCGCUUAACCUUGCAUUGCCCACAUCUCGCACGUUUCUAACUCUCAGUCAACCAUCCAUCACUGAGACUUGAGGAAGCAAACCACGCCUGAUCAUACCGAACAAUGAUGCUGUAUAUUCAAUCAUAGCUGUACCAAGUAAUGGGAUGAAAACCACCCGAAUUUGCUGGCGGCCGAAUCAGCUGCAGGUACG